UUUCAGGCCCUACAUAAAGUCAAAGCAAAAUAUGAAAUCGUAAAAGGAAAGCUUACCAUUAUCACACCUGAUCGAUACGAGGAGGCUUAUGCCAUCUUAGCCAAUGAUUUCAUCCCAGACGAACCGCUUUCUCAGGCGUUUGGAUUGACAAAUUGGGACGAGUGUUUCAAGAAAAUGGCACUCGAAGACCUGAAGAAAAACCUUUCCGUCUGCAUGACCUCAACGGACAAUGAUGAAAUCAUGGGUAUACUAAUCACUGGUGUAAUGAACAAGAAAGAUCCUGUGAUGGACCAGUCUUAUCAAGAACAUCCUUUGAUGAGAAUAAUUACCUUUUUAAAUCAUAAAAACAAGGAAGUUAACUUUUUUGAACGUUAUGCAGUUGACGAAGCGGUACAUAUUUUCACUUUAGGAGUAAAAGAGAAUUACCGGCGUAUGGGUUUGGGGGGUCGUCUUGUUGCGGCCAGUGUGGCUAUGUGUCAAGAGCUUGGAUUCAAAGCGAUAGAAGUCGAGGGGACAUCGAACUUUUCGCAGAAAAUUUUUGAAAAACGGGGAUUUGAAAUACUUGCUACAAUGCCAUAUGACAGCUACUGCCACAACGGACGACCAAUAAGAGAAGGUACGGGAGAACAUACAAUGACCAAGAUAUAUGGCAUGAAACUUUAA